AUGACGAUUCGAUUAGUUCCAUUGGGUGCAGGUCAGGAUGUCGGCAGAAGCUGUAUAGUAGUUACGAUUGGUGGGAAGAAUAUCAUGUUUGAUUGCGGAAUGCACAUGGGUUUCAAUGACGAGAGAAGAUUUCCUGAUUUCAGUUACAUCUCAAAAACAGCCGAAUUUACAGAAGUGUUGGAUGCAGUGAUCAUUAGUCAUUUUCACCUUGACCACUGCGGUGCCUUGCCUCAUUUUACAGAAAUGUGUGGUUACGAUGGCCCGAUUUAUAUGACACACCCUACAAAAGCCAUCUGUCCUAUCCUGCUCGAAGAUUACCGCAAGAUCGCAGUAGAGAAAAAGGGCGAAACCAAUUUUUUUACUUCAGACAUGAUCAAACAAUGCAUGAAAAAGGUGACACCCAUCAGUCUACACCAGACCAUUCAGGUUGAUGCCGAUAUAGAGAUCAAGGCAUACUAUGCUGGCCAUGUGCUGGGUGCGGCCAUGUUUUAUGUCCGGGUUGGCGAAGAGUCGGUGGUCUAUACGGGGGACUACAACAUGACACCCGAUCGACAUCUUGGCUCGGCUUGGAUUGACAAAGUCAGGCCGGACGUAUUAAUUACCGAGAGUACUUAUGGCACCACAAUCCGUGACUCGAAGCGAUCUCGUGAGAGAGACUUUCUGAAGAAAGUUCAUGCGUGUGUGCUCAAGGGUGGCAAGGUGCUGAUUCCAGUGUUUGCGCUCGGACGUGCUCAGGAACUGUGCAUCCUGAUCGAUGCCUACUGGGAGCGCAUGGGUCUCAAGGUGCCGAUAUACUUUUCUGCAGGUCUCACCGAACGAGCAACCCAGUAUUACAAACUGUUUAUCAACUGGACAAACCAGAAGAUCAAGAGUACAUUUGUGGAGCGUAACAUGUUUGAAUUCAAGCACAUCGAGCCAUGGGAUCGGCAGUUUGUGUCCAACAAGGGCGCGAUGGUUUUGUUUGCAACACCAGGCAUGCUGCAUCAAGGCACGUCUCUUGAGGUCUUUAAGAAGUGGGCACCAGAUCCGAUCAACAUGGUUGUCUUGCCAGGCUUCUGUGUUGCAGGUACCAUUGGCCAUCAAGUGCUCCAGGGUCGAAAGCUCAUCGAAAUCGAUCGGUUCACCAAAGUCGAAGUCAACCUUCAGGUCAGGAACCUCUCGUUCAGUGCUCAUGCAGACGCCAAAGGAAUCAUGCAAUUGAUUCGCCACUGCGAGCCACGUAAUGUGGUCCUUGUUCACGGCGAACGUCAGGCAAUGGAGUUUCUGAAGAGCAAGAUUGUUAAUGAGUUUGGAAUCGAAUGCUACAACCCGCCAAACGGUGUGACAAUCAGUAUUCCCACCAGUCACACCAUGUCUGCCAAGAUUAGUUCUGCAUAUCUCAAGACGCUUUUAGCACAAACGUCUUCAUCAUUAUCAUCAUCUUCUUCUUCUUCUUUUUCUUCU